UUGAGGUUACUUGUCAGAUUAUAACAAUGUUUAUCGUUACGAAAGAAAUUGACAGCGAAAACAUCGGUAAAUUAUGCCGUACAUGUUUAAGAGAGGAUGGUGACAAAAUGGUUUGUUUAUUCGUGGGACCGGCUGAAUCAUCCCUUGCUGCGAAAUUACGAUCUCUUUCAUGUCUCGAAGUUUGGCAGGGAGAUGGUCUUCCAGAAAAAAUGUGUAAUCGUUGUGUAACAAGAGCAGAAUCUGCUUUAUUAUAUAGAGAACAAUGUCGAGCAGCAGAUAGAGCAUUAAGACAAGCCCUUUUAAAGGUUUCUGGUUUGACUUCAUAUGCAACAGUAUCUAGUUAUAAAUUAUAUCAACAUAAUCAAAAUUUUACAUCUAUUCAAAAUUCUCAUAAGACUUUGAAAUGUAUAGACUGUGGAGCAAUAUAUACAAAUUAUCAAGAAUUCUGUGCUCAUAGUAGAUCACAUUUGCCCUUUGUUCAAGACGAUAUACCUAUGCAACAUAUGCAUAUAGUAGAAUCGCAAAAUUCAUAUUUAAAUUUUAACUUUGGUCAUCUGAGUACCAAUUGUUUAACUAAUGAAAAUCUUCAGCAUACACAAUCAUCUCCAUUGAUUAGGUCAAAUAUGAUGCAAAUGAUUCCAAUAAAUGGAGAAAACCCUAGUCGUGCAGCGUGUGCUCUACACUGUUCCUUAUGUAAUCGCACAUUUACCAAUAGAACUCAAUUAAUGAGUCACAGUAUCACUCACAACUCGGAGAACAUAGAAGUACCCUGUGAUAAUGAAAAUAUAGAUAUCUGUGAAAAUUCUAAUCAAAUUCCACAAAAUUUAAGUUACGAAAGAUCGAUUAAUUCUGUUGGAAAUUCUAUUCAGAAUUUAUCUUAUCAUAGAUCUGCAACGAAUGAUAACAACGAAAUGCAAAAUUUGGGUUUUCCCGAAAAUAUAGAUUUAGGAGACGAGGUUCGAGAGGGUAGCCCGCAACGGAUACGAAAUGCCGCAAUAUCUGAUUCGGAAAGUUAUAACAUAACUGAUUAUCGUACGAUAAAAUUUGCGAAAAGUCUCGAGCGCAUCGACAACAGGGAGAAUAUCAAUAGAUAUCAAUCAUGUUCUUCGAAUUUGAAUUAUAAUAAACAACAAAUCGAAAACGAGCAACAUUCAGAAAAUUUACAACAUAUACAGAUAAAAAAAUACAAAUGCGAAAUAUGCUCUAAAUAUUUUUCACAAAAAUCGAAAUUGUUAACGCAUCAAUUAUCGCAUUCUGGUCAGCAACCUUUCAAAUGUUCUAAUUGCGAGAAAGGAUAUUCGUCAAAGAGCAAAUUAAACGCGCAUAUGCGAUUACACACGAAAAUUAAUGUACAUCCAUGUAAAAUAUGUGAUAAAAUAUUUUCUUAUCCAUCUUAUUUACAGGAACACUUAAAAACACAUAAACAGAGUAGCAAUAGCGAUAUGAGAAUCGAAGAAAACAAAACUUUUGAAUGUGUCAGUUGCAAGAAGAGAUUCCGUCUAUUGAAAAAUCUUAAAGCUCACGAGCGGCUUCAUACUGGCAAAGAUUUGAUGCGAUGUGAAAUAUGUGAUAAAACAUUUAGUCGUAAUUACAAUUUAAAGAUUCAUUUACGAACGCACAAAACGACGAGACCUCAUAAGUGUGAAUAUUGCAAUAAAUGUUUCGUUCAGAAAGGUAACCUCGCGGAACACAUAAGAAUUCACACAAAGAUAAAACCUUUUGAAUGCAAAAUAUGUGGGAAGCAUUUCUCACAGUCGAGUCACUUGAAAAAUCACGAGGCUUCCCAUACAACUGUUAGGCAACAUCAAUGUCGAUUGUGUGGAAAACGAUUUAAAUUAGCUAAUCAUUUGAAGAGACAUUUGAUUUUACACAAUGGUGCAAAAUCAUACAAAUGUCAUCAAUGUAAUCAAUUGUUUUCACAAGCAUUUAGUCUUACGAGACAUUUGAAAAGACACGAUUCUCACGGGUAAUUACAUGUAAAUAUGACUUAUAUAUUUUCGAAUAAGAAUUUUUAAAGUUUUAAGAAGUUUGAUAUUUUAACAAAAAUAAAGGUAAGUUCAUUUAUAAUUUCUAAGGACGGUAGUCAUUAUAUCGAGACCUUCUUCAAGU